CGGCGAGAGGGAAGGAAUGUGGAAGGGUGUUAGUGCAGCGGGUCGGAUAUUGAGGGCGGGCUUUCGUAGGUGAACUGCAAGGAUGUGAAUGGAUAGCCUAGGUGUGGGUCCUGGCGCUAGAGGGGUGAGGGUAAGGAAAGCAGCCGAGGUGAAAGGUGUCCUUCGUGCGUGUGAGGAUCGCAUUAAGAAUGUGGUCUGUUUCUCCACGUUUGCUGCGAUGAAGUCUUUGAAGAGAAAAAUCUCCCACCCCGGUGCUUUUAAGUUUAGGAAACUGGCAUUGAAUGAAGUUUCCAGCCUCAGAAGUUGCUGUCGGAGGUUCUGUGAGAGCUUGUCUAUUUUAAGCCUUGGAAUCCCCAGGGCUGGGAUGGUUUGGCGUUGAUAAAAGAGAUUACUCACUUACAUAGAAGAAAGUAGAGAGGGAGAGACAGAAACAACGAUCGGUUGCCUCUUGUAAGCACCUGGACCAGAGAUUGAACUGAAACCUAGAUUACAGCAAAAUGGAUAUACCAAAUCCUCCCACUUCUAAAUGUAUCACUUACUGGAAAAGAAAGGUUAAGUCCGAAUACAUGAGACUUCGACAACUGAAACGGCUUCAGGCAAACAUGGGCGCGAAGGCUCUGUAUGUAGCAAAUUUUGCAAAGGUUCAGGAAAAAACCCAGAUUCUCAAUGAAGAAUGGAAGAAGCUUCGUGUCCAGCCUGUCCAGUUGAUGAAGCCUGUGAGUGGGCAUCCUUUUCUCAAAAAGUGUACCAUAGAGAGCAUUUUCCCGGGAUUUGCAAGCCAGCACAUGUUAAUGAGGUCUCUGAACACAGUUGCCUUGGUUCCCAUCAUGUAUUCCUGGUCCCCUCUCCAGCAGAACUUUAUGGUAGAAGAUGAAACAGUUUUGUGCAAUAUUCCCUACAUGGGGGAUGAGGUGAAGGAAGAAGAUGAGACGUUCAUUGAAGAGCUGAUCAAUAACUACGAUGGGAAAGUCCAUGGUGAAGAAGAGAUGAUCCCUGGGUCUGUGCUCAUUAGUGAUGCUGUUUUUCUGGAGUUGGUCGAUGCCCUGAAUCAAUACUCAGAUGAGGAGGAAGAAGGGCACAAUGACACCUCCGAUGGAAAGCAAGAUGACGGCAAAGAAGAUCUGCCGGUGACGAGGAAGAGGAAACGGCACGCUAUCGAAGGCAACAAAAAGAGUUCCAAGAAACAGUUCCCAAAUGACAUGAUCUUCAGUGCAAUUGCCUCAAUGUUCCCUGAGAACGGUGUCCCAGAUGACAUGAAGGAAAGGUAUCGGGAGCUAACAGAGAUGUCCGACCCCAAUGCGCUUCCCCCUCAGUGCACGCCCAACAUCGACGGCCCCAAUGCCAAGUCCGUGCAGCGGGAGCAGUCGCUGCACUCCUUCCACACCCUGUUUUGCCGGCGCUGCUUCAAAUACGACUGCUUCCUUCACCCUUUCCAUGCCACCCCGAACGUGUAUAAACGCAAGAACAAAGAGAUCAAGAUUGAACCGGAGCCGUGUGGCACGGACUGCUUCCUUUUGCUGGAAGGCGCAAAGGAGUACGCCAUGCUCCACAACCCUCGCUCCAAGUGCUCCGGCCGUCGCCGGCGAAGGCACCACGUGGUCAGCGCUUCCUGCUCCAACACUUCGGCCUCUGCUGUGGCUGAGACUAAAGAAGGGGACAGUGACAGGGACACGGGCAAUGACUGGGCCUCCAGCUCCUCAGAGGCCAACUCUCGCUGCCAGACGCCCACAAAACAGAAGGCGAGUCCGGCCCCACCCCAGCUCUGUGUGGUGGAAGCGCCCUCGGAGCCUGUGGAGUGGACGGGGGCUGAAGAGUCUCUCUUUCGCGUCUUUCACGGCACCUACUUCAACAACUUCUGCUCCAUCGCGAGGCUGCUGGGGACGAAGACGUGCAAGCAGGUCUUUCAGUUUGCAGUCAAAGAAUCACUUAUCCUGAAGCUGCCAACAGAUGAGCUCAUGAACCCCUCGCAGAAGAAGAAAAGAAAGCACAGGCUGUGGGCCGCGCACUGCAGGAAGAUCCAGCUGAAGAAAGAUAACUCUUCCACCCAAGUGUACAACUACCAGCCCUGCGACCACCCGGACCGCCCCUGCGACAGCACCUGCCCCUGCAUCAUGACCCAGAAUUUCUGUGAGAAGUUCUGCCAGUGCAACCCGGACUGUCAGAAUCGUUUCCCUGGCUGCCGCUGUAAGACCCAGUGCAACACCAAGCAGUGUCCGUGCUACCUGGCCGUGCGGGAGUGCGACCCCGACCUGUGUCUCACCUGUGGGGCCUCCGAGCACUGGGACUGCAAAGUGGUUUCCUGUAAAAACUGCAGCAUCCAGCGGGGCCUCAAGAAGCACCUGCUGCUGGCCCCCUCGGAUGUGGCCGGAUGGGGCACCUUCAUUAAGGAGUCUGUGCAGAAGAACGAGUUCAUUUCUGAGUACUGUGGGGAGCUCAUCUCUCAGGACGAGGCUGACCGACGAGGGAAGGUCUAUGACAAGUACAUGUCCAGCUUCCUCUUCAACCUCAACAACGAUUUUGUAGUGGACGCAACCCGGAAAGGAAACAAAAUUCGAUUUGCAAACCAUUCAGUGAACCCCAAUUGUUAUGCCAAAGUGGUCAUGGUGAACGGGGACCAUCGGAUUGGGAUCUUUGCCAAGAGGGCAAUUCAAGCCGGCGAAGAGCUCUUCUUUGAUUACAGGUACAGCCAGGCCGAUGCCCUCAAGUACGUGGGGAUCGAGAGGGAGACCGACGUCCUUUAGCCCUCCCGGGCCCCCGCCUGCGCUUACGGUAGCAGCACUGUCUUCGCUUCCCUGCGCACGCCAGCCACCGCUGCUCGAGUUCCUGCGCUCCGCCUCCCACCCACGCCGAGAAAACCCCCCACCCACUCUCUCUGUCGCGAGGCCUCAUGGGGUCCAGCGGGAGCCACACUGUCUCAGUGAGAGGGGAGACAGGCAGCUUGGGCUGGGGCUCCCAGGAAAGAGCGUUGUGGGCAUCGGCGGCUGCGGCUGCUCAGGCCUCACAGGAGGAGAGCGCAGGCGCGGGGUGGGGGAUGUAUGCUUGGCUGAUUUCUCGUCACCCGGCUGUGGGCCUCGGAAAUCAGCUCGGGCAGAUCCUAACAAGCAUCAGCCUAUGUUUCUAGCUUUCUGAAUCAAGGGUCCUUAGGUCAUUGGGUUGCCAGCCUGUCUCUCUGUGGUCCUCUAAGACCCAGAGAGGACAGGGUAAGUGAAGUUUAGUACCUGGAGCUUAUGAGUGGUCUGGGUUAAAGGAGGGCCCAGCAGGCAGCACAGAUGAGAUUCAGUGGGGAGAUGGGUCGCCUCGCCACCUCUUCCUGGCAGGGUUCAAACUGGAAGGGUGGGUCCUGAGCAGAGACAUUCACUGCUGGGAAAAGGGGAGCUAAGGGCCAUCCUUCCAGGGGCAGAGUGGGAAUCAGCCUGAUGGUAGCAGUUACACUGCUACGCUUGGGGCCCAGCAGGCUUUGAGGAACCUCUGUGUAUCCUGGAGGAUAUGUUUCAGAUGCCUGGGAGCAAGUGGCGGUGCCUGGUCAGCUCCUCCCAAAGUUCUAGCUUAGCAACCACAGGCAGGCGUCGUGUUGCUACCGAAGAAGCAGCGUGAAGGGCGUGCCAGGCUGGGCGUGAGCGCUCUGGUUUCCUGGAUCUGUAGUGGUUCCCAGGCCUUUCGCUCCCCUUAGAGGCCAGGCUCACGGAGCCACCGUUGCUUAUCCCUUCGGGGUUGAUGGGCGCCGGCCAGGACUAGGGGGAAGGUCGUUGGUGUGACUGGCUUUCCUGUCUGUAGCACCUGCUGUUGGAAAGGGCGAGUUGACGGUGUGUGUGGGAGGUGGGCAAGGGGCUCCCGAGUUGCACGUGUUUAGUUAGGAUGGCAUCCUGUAUGUGUGCUGCGGACUGGCAGGGGGUGUUUGCAGUGUUGAGAAGACGGCCUGGGCCAGUCCGUGGUGCCAUUCUCUCUGGGAUUCAUGCAGAGCAAAGCACUUUAUUUCUUUUAGAAGGUCUGUAGAUUGGGUUAGAGUUUGAGCCAAGGUUUCUGAGGUCCUUGCCCAAAUCCCAUUCCUGAGGGAGGGGAAGGAGAGAGGUGGAAGAUUUCCCUCCAGCUCUGUCUCAUUGCUUGGGGGAGCGGGGAGGGGCUGCCUGGACACAGAAGAACUCAGCGAGCAGAGGCCGGCACGAGGAGCUGCCCGGUGCCUGUGGCCGGUGUGCUGAGCUGGCAGGGAGCAAGGGGCAUUGUGCUGGGUAAAAAGGCCACGGGCAGGCACAGACAGGCCUGAGGAGGGUUGGAAUAGGGAGCAGGCUUCCCCUGCUCUCUGGGAAAGCAGAGCUUCUCUUUCCCGGUCUGUGCUGAUCACCCCCUCCCUCCAACCCCGCCGGCUGCCCCGUGAAGCAGUCAGUGAGUGGGAUUCCCUCUGGCUGAGCAGCUGUCCAGGGGUUUUCGUGGGACACGCACACACACACGCACCCACUCUCACUCACCACACCUGUGGGCACGUGCGCUUCACAGGGCACACUCCCAGCGGCACCUGACAGAAGCCCCUUCCCGCCUGAUGGGGGCAGCCCCACAUGAUCCUAAAAUGAACUUCUGCUGCGGUUUGUGUUGGUCGUGUGUGGGGGACACCUUCCGGCUGAACUGUGGGCUCUGGACUACUCAUAAAUGACAGGGAAAACCAGAGACGGAGCAGGAGGAGUUAAGUCUGUCUGAGAUGCCAGGGACUGGCCAUGAGGAGUAGGUGGAGAAAACUCACCCGCAGCCUUGGAGAGGCUGGGCGGACCCCGCCCUGCCCUCAGUGUGCAGGUCACUGUGGUCAGUCCCCUCCGUCCCCGGUGUCAGGCCACCAACGCUCCUGCCUCUCCAGCAUUGCCAUCCUCCUUCCCUGCUGGCCCCCACCUCUCAUGCCGGGUGCCAACCCCUGCUCCCAGGCGCGGAACAAUGAGUGGAGCAAGGCGGUGGGGGGCAGGGGAGGCUGAUACGUGUGCGGCUUUAUUGCCAGUGAAUUUCACGCACUUUAAAGUCCUGUGGCUUGUGACCUCUUCUAUGAAUAAAGUGGCAGAAUCCAUGUUG